UCCGCUGGUCGUAAGCAGAGUAGAGGAAGGAAGAGACCAAGAAAAAGCUUCCGAUCAAUCUCAAUCUCUCCGUCCCCCUCGUCACCGACCUUUUCCGUAGAUUCCCCAAAGCUCUGUAGAACCUUAUCUCCAACAAGGAAACACGUCUUUGUGUUUCUCUCGCAACCGAUUCACUUCUGUGGAGUCUUCUUUUCUGGAUUCGGGAAGAACGGUUACAGUGUCUAAACCCCGCUCUGAAAUCUGAAUCGCUUCUGCCUUCUGAUAAUAUAUGGAGAAUUCGAUGGUUCUCGCCCACGAAACUCAACCUCACCGGGACUUUUCUGCUUCUUCUCUAAGAGAUGUCAGUUACAGCUGUGGUUCUUGUGGGUACGAACUAAAGCUUUGCUCCUCUAAUCGGAACACAAAGAAUAUAGGCUCCAAAUAUGGGAAAAACAUAAAACGCGGCGUCAUAUCAUUUCUCCAAGUCGAUGAGAGUAGAUUUACCCUGGUUGAUGAGUUCAAAUGUAUACCCUACUUCAUCUCCAGGCACUCUUGGGGUUUGUUCUGCCACAGAACCAAACUUCUUUGCCGUAAGUGUGGCAACCAUGUUGGCAAUGCUUAUGUCAGGACGUCUCCUUACCCACUUGUGUUGGAUGAAUCGGAUUCUGCCCCAGCCCCAGCCCCGGCCCCAGCCACCACUGACAUCUCCACUUGUAGAAAAUAUGACAUUCGACUCCGUGCCCUGCAGCCCUCAUCUUCUGAGCCCUCUGCCAUUCCGCUUCUCACCUGAUCUUCAGAUUCAAACCAAGAAUAUUCUUAUGAGGGACUGUAUAGCAAUUGAGUCCUUUGUUUUUGGUCUUGGUUUUUUGCUCUUUUGUAUUACUAGGUGGAUGGUGAGUCGGUGACUUGUAAAUAUCAGUUUCCCAGACUGGAUUAUCAAAGUUUAUUUUUACACUUCCAGUAACUUAUAAAUAACGCGGUCGAUGUGAUUUCUUGUCACUCAGAUUGUGCCCUUGUUCUCA